CAAGUCAACGCCUUUUUUGCCAAAAGUGAUGACUGUCACAACUUGUGUUUUGUUUCUUGGUCGGAAAAUUUCUAAUUUCGGCCAAUCGUCUCGAUUUGGUUUUACUCAAGAUAGUACUGUCGAAUCAGAGUUCGUUUAGAUAUGACUUCUUAUGUGGGUGGAAGUAUAUCAAUUUAGAAACUUUUAAGUCUCUCUUUUAUAUCUUUUUUUAUUUAUGUAGGUCUUCUUCAUUAUUCUUGUGUGAAUUGCUUGAUUGACGUUAGGCAUCAGAUGAGUAAGAAAGGUUCCACUUUGCCAUACCUGAACACUAGCAUCUCAUGGGGUGGUAUGAUUUCAACUGAACCCCUAAGCCUGAAGGUGGUUGAUGCAAGGCCUGAACAUAUGCAUGCCACAAAGCAAAUCAGUUUCCAGGACCAGGAUUCACCUUCAACUCAGUCCACUUGUCAGUCUUACACUGAAGUUGCUAGUAGUGGAGAUGAUGAGCCUUGCAGACAAAUCUCCUUUUCAACCAAAUCAGGAUCUGAAGAAACUCAGCGGAAGGUAUCUGCGACUCAUACUAAACCAUGCGCAGUGACAUCAUUCCCGAACAUGCACUUUGCUCCGGUGCAGACUAAUUUCUCAUUUCACUAUGCUGAUCCACAUUAUGGUGGUUUGUUAGCUACACCUUAUCUUCCACAUGCACCGACAUGCAAUCCCCAAAUGGUUGGUAUGGUUCCUGGUAGAGUUGCACUGCCAGUGGAGAUCACUGAAACUGAGUCAGUCUUUGUCAAUGCGAAGCAAUACCAUGCUAUCAUGAGGAGAAGGCAGCAACGUGCCAAGCUUGAGGCUCAAAACAAACUAAUCAAAGCCCGGAAGCCGUAUCUUCAUGAAUCCCGACAUGUCCAUGCUCUCAAAAGGCCAAGAGGAUCCGGUGGAAGAUUCCUCAACACCAAAAAACUUCUUCAAGAAUCCCAACAGGCUGCUGCCAAAGAACAAGAACGUGACAAGUCGGUCCAACAGGCAAACAUGUCUAGAUUCAAAGCUCAUCAUAUGCUGCAGCACAACAAAGACCGUGGCUCAACCACUUCUGGCUCUGACAUCACAUCUGUUUCCGACGGUGCUGCUGAUAUCUUCGGACACACUGAAUUCCAGUUUUCAGGUUUUCCAACAACUCAGACUAACCGAGCUAUGCUUGUUCAUGGUCAAUCCAAUGACAUGCAUGGAGGUGGGGACUUGCACCAUUUCUCUGUCCAUAUCUGA